CAGGUUCACCUCCUUGUUCUCGAAAGCAAUUCCCGGGUUAGCCCGAGAGGAAGCAAUCGAUUUUUUUUUUUAAAAAAAAAUACCCUGAUCUACUUCACCGCCCAUUGCCGAUUUUUUAUAUUUUUAAAUUUUUUUCUGAUAUUUUUAUCGGGCCUGCGCAAAUCAGGUCUCAAGUCUUUCAGGAGAACCCUCCCAUCUCCAAACGACGUCUGUCCGGACUUAAUGAACCGUGCAUGAAAGAUUGGCAUAUGCUCGUCGAUCAUCAUGGCGUCUGCGGUCAAAGUGUUUCUUCUUGACAUUGAGGGCACAGUCUGUCCCAUCUCGUUCGUUAAGGACGUUCUUUUUCCAUACGCUCUAGAAGCGCUGCCCCAUACGCUAGACUCCCAGUGGGACGAUCCGGCCUUUGCUCAGUAUAGGGAUGCUUUCCCGGCCGAGUACGCAUCCUCCAAGGAGGCACUAGCGGCUCACGUGCGUGAUCUGGUGAGCCGCGACGUUAAGGCCCCAUACCUCAAGAGUCUACAGGGCUAUCUCUGGAAGAACGGCUAUGCUUCUGGCGAAAUCCGUGCGCCGCUGUUUCCAGACGUCGCGCCAAAGUUCGCCGCCUGGAAGUCUGCCGGGAUCGCCAUCAUGAUAUACAGUUCGGGAUCCGUCCCCGCCCAGAAGCUGCUUUUCGGCCACACCAACUCGGAGCCCGCUGAUCUCACUCCUGCAAUCGCCGAUUUCUUUGACACUGUCAACGCCGGUCCCAAAACCGAGGUUGCGAGCUAUGAGAAGAUCGCCAGCAUGCAUCCACAGUAUUCCAAGAACGAAUGGUUGUUCUUGAGCGACAACGUCAAGGAGGUCGAUGCGGCACUUGGUGCGGGCUUUCAGAGCUUUGUUGUGCAGAGGCCUGGCAAUCCCGAGCUCCCCGAGGGUGUGGAGGACAAUCACAAGGUUAUCCGCAGCUUCGAAGAGUUGUGAAUAGUUGCAAGUGCAUUAGGCUAUGUGGUGGCGCGGCGUGUUGGCUAGUGCGCUGACCAGGUCAAACAAAGAUUCUCGCCUGCUUGUGCCUGAUUGAUUCCCUAGAGCCGACGGCUUCAGGGGUCACGCACGUUGAAUGUUUCUGGUCUUGGUGCAUGGAUUAUUCCCUAAGCCCCUAGGUAGCCGGUUGUUAGUAACAAACGGCAUAGUUGUUUGGUCAUGGUCACCACGCGUAACCCGAAGCGAGCUACGGCGAGCUAGACUAGAACUAGAGUCCAGACGUGGCGGCCUGGACUCAAGUCUAUAGCCCGAAACAAAGACGGCUUGUACGCAGCCUUGCCCAAUGCAAAGAAACCUUCCAGCUGACUCCUAGGAGGGGUUGUAAUUCGCAAAAGAGUGCGUCACAAGUUUAUCUGUAAACGAGGGCGGCUUUGAAAGCUAUGGCGCUGAACAGCCCUAAUCCGUUUUCGUACAAAGAGCAGGCCCGACUAUGUGGAUGUAAAUAACCCACGGACGGUCUUUUAUUCAAAUGACUGCAAUUAAAGACAGCCCUAGUGAACACGAAGGAUUCCAGUUAUCCUCCGGUCAACUGUAAUUGAGCAACAAGGGGAUGUCCGUCUCGAUCUCAGUGAAUGACGCUGUAGGCAAUCGAUCAUGCUGUGGUGUAAACCAAAAUCAUCAGCGGUCUAGACCAUUGGCUUUCGCCUUGGACAUCCUAUGACGUGAUAAACUUGAUCAAGCUCUCUCAGCAUGAACAAGAAAACUUUUUUUUUUUUUGACCGUUCUUGGUAGAAGCUCGGUAGCUGUAGUCGCCCCCUUAGACCGUCGUAGCCCAAGGCUCAUAACAUCCUACGCCGAAGGCCUAGAAUACCCUUUUUGUCGGUGCGUUUGCAUGGUGGCACCCAUUCGAAAAGGGGAGCCUUCGAAUAUAAAUUAUUACAACUAAAAUGGCGGCUGUGGGCGGAGAUAUGCCAAACCGCUAUCGUAAUGAACGCAGAACUUGCCUGUAUCACGAUCGACAGUCAAGUUCAACUUGAAGGAGGGAGCCCGUGUGCGCAAAUUAUGUCCUGCUUCAAGUAUCGGUAAGCUGUAGUUUCCGUUGGCAGUCAUGGCGGCUUCUGGGCACACAUCAUUGCCGAGCAAAGGUAGCAAGCCAGAAGAUGUAACUGCACACAGCUUUGCAGAUCAACUACACUCCUACUGUAGUUUGCAAAAGCGGACUUUUGGAAAGCCCGUCCCGGGAAGACCGUACAGGUAGCUUCUGCUGUCAUUUGGCACAGUAACCAUCUAUGCAUGGUGAAAGGACUUUGGCCUUUGUAUCAUCCCUGGGCGGCAAGGACUAUGGCGAAGUUGUUGCGUGUUGAUCCUGACCGCACCUCUUUCUUUGCAAAAGCCUGCCGUUUUGCGGGCAGCUUUGAUUCUCGCAUCCAGAGGUAGUACACAAGUCGUUGAGUUGGCUUGGAGUGGAUCAACUUGAAGCCCAACGACGCCAUGAUCCGCUCCAACACCGACUCAUCCAUGUAACGAGAGUUGGUAACGCAUGGUGCCGGUAAGACUAGGAAUAGACUUGGCGUGAAGGGCACUGGUGAGUUAUUUGGCAGUCGAAGGAAAUCCAACGUUCGGAGGAGCAUGUCGCCACGGAGCCUCGGAUCGGGCACAAAAUUCAGCACCAGGGAGAGACUGAUAAUGUCAAAGCGCUCCGAGUCAUCCCUGGGCAGAGGCCGCUGCAUGAAGUCUUGUUGCUUAAUGCCUUCUGCUUGGCUGUUGAGAUCGAUCCUCUCAAUGUCGAACCGGUCGCUUCUUGAACAUGCAUUCUCUGUGCUGAGCGCGCCGACCUCGAGGAGAUGAAGACGCGCAUGUUUGUUGUCGCCCUCAGGCAGCGGAUAUUCCUGUAUCCAGUCCAUCAAUACCCUGGAGCUGUCACCUCCCCGGUCCUUUCGUUGGCCUUGGAGGCUUGCCUGCUGAUACCUCUCGAGACCACCCAUGUCUGCAAUCUCUUUCUGGAUAGAGGCCUUGGCUGCUUCAUCCCCCUUACGGGUAGCCUGUAAUAGCCGUUUUUCCAGAAGAUGAAGAUUGUUGAUCAACGCCUUUGUAGCUUUCCGCUUGAUCGAUUUGGGCUUCUGAUGAAAGUUUGGAGGCCUGCUGGCAGCAAGGCUUUUGCCAACACGCUUGCAUUUGACACCCAUUUUAGUUGCAUCGAAGUUGUUUGUUCUGGCAGCUUUCCAGGCGGCAGUGAGCGAUCAGGCUCUCCUCC